AGAUGGCAUCAGUGCACCAAUCUCCUCGAUGAGGCCACUUCCGGCAGCCAAGCGAUCAUCAAGGACACUCCCCGGACAGUCACGAAGCACACAAAAAGGGAAAUAAAUGUCCCAGCACAGCGUACACUCUCCCUAGAAACCAGCUGCCAUUGGCCGGUCUAAUAUUUUAUGCAUGACAAAUCAAUGAAAUUCCAUUUUUCCUUUGGCCAAAGUAUCGCAAGUUUAUUGCCAGUAGAGGGCAGUUUUGUUUCUAUUUCUUUUUUUUCUGCUCGAUGCUACGAAAGGACAUUCCCUUCUACGGGUUGACCUUGAUCCCGAAAGAACUGAUCUGGCAGAGGAAAGUGUGGCCAACGGUAACGGAAAAUGGUUCAAGUUGUAAUAUUUUUACGACCUCGUGAAACCGUUCGCUUUGACAGGGAAAUCUGUUGCUGCUUUUUCCACCGCCGGCCGCCACAGGAACGCAGAUUUGUUGUAAUCGAGCCCUUCGUCGAAGAACGUCGCCUCGUCUGUCACCAACUUCGUUGGUCUCCGGAUGAUAACAAUGUCGAGGACGUUUCCGCUGGCUUUCCCUGGAUGGUCGGGGACAGGAAGCCGGGAAAAAAUUUCAUUUCACUUGGCGGUGUCACUGAUGAAAAUGGCGCGGACGACGAAGACGAUGAUGAUGGUGAUGAAAAUAUUAAGAUAGAAAAUGAUGGCCCAAAUAGAAAUGCUUUUACUCUUUCUGCUGCUAACGGUGCCAUAUUGAGACAUUCGGAAGCGCUGAUAACUGUGUGAGAUAAGAAACCAACAACCGUGCAAACUUUUAAGAAAUUCAAGAUCACCCCAAAGUGCAACUGAGAAGCAAAUAAGAAAAUCUUAACGAAAACCAAGAAAAAAAACUAGUUAGCGAAGCACUUUCGCUAUGUAUUUGAUGAACGAAAAUCUAGUGCUAAGUGACGUCGACUCGUUGAUGUCUGGCGGUGGAAGUAGUAGUAGCGUGGCGCUUACUGAAGUGAGUACUACUAUCAGUGAAAGCACCGCGACGACAUUUGCCAGCACCUUGGCCAGCUCCAGCCACCUCAAGGAGAUCCAUUACGGGGGGAUGCUGGAACAGCUGGACCUGGAUCCUAAUGGCACUGAUUAUGGGUCGGAAAUAGCACAACUUCUAACGGCCAACGUCGACGACAACAGCAACGUUCUGCGAACCAACGAUACGACGACCCUGAACUCCACGGAACAAGUGAUUGAUAGCUUCUAUUUUUACGAGACUGAGCAAUUUGCAGUAUUAUGGAUCCUGUUUGUAGUGAUCGUGCUAGGAAAUACGGCUGUGUUAGUAACGCUAUUUUUAAACAAAAAUCGCAAAUCUCGGAUGAACUUCUUCAUCAAACAACUGGCAAUAGCAGAUCUGAGCGUGGGGCUGCUGAGCGUGUUGACGGACAUUGUGCAGCGGAUUACAAUCUCGUGGCUCGCCGGAAACGUGGCCUGCAAAGUGAUCCGCUUCGUCCAGGUGUGGGUCACGUACGCGUCAACCUAUGUCCUGGUGGCCUUGAGCAUCGACCGGUACGAUGCGAUUACCCAUCCGAUGAACUUCUCCGGAUGUUGGAAGAGAGCGCGAAGACUGGUGGGGGCGGCGUGGAGUUUUAGUGCGGUUUUCUCAUCGCCCAUGUUUUAUCUCUACGAGGAGCGUGUUAUUCAAGAUCAGCUUCAGUGUUGGAUAGAUCUGGGAAGUGCACUCCGGUGGCAGCUUUACAUGAGCUGGGUGGCCACGUCUCUAUUUGUGAUACCGGCUUUCAUCAUCUCGGCCUGUUAUGUAAUCAUCAUUAAGACGAUUUGGUCCAAAGGAUCGAUGCUGGGACCGGUGGGGGGCAAACUGCGUCACCGGAACGGAAGUGCUGAUUUGGCGAGCCGGCGAGCCAGCUCCCGGGGGAUCAUUCCGCGUGCCAAGGUCAAAACGGUCAAGAUGACCAUCGUGAUAGUGAUAGUGUUUGUCCUCUGCUGGUCCCCGUACAUCGUGUUCGAUCUGAUGCAGGUAUUUGGCCAGAUUCCGAAAACCCAGACAAACAUCGCGAUUGCCACGUUCAUCCAAAGUUUGGCUCCGCUCAAUUCGGCCGCCAAUCCCCUCAUCUACUGUCUCUUCUCGACGCACUUCGUCAGGACACUCAAAAGACUUCCACCAUUCCGUUGGCUGGUCUCGUCCGGCCUCUGCUGUGGCUCCCCGGAGGAUCUUUCCGGCCACAACGGUUGCGGUCCGACGGCCAAUGGCAACCGUCUACGCAAUCAGCACAGCAGCGAUUCCAUGAGGACGCUCACCACCAGUCUGACCGUGUCCACCCGGAGGCCAACAACCAUCACCCGGACGUCUCGUGUCAUCGUAUAGCGGCACCAGGGAGCCAUCGAUCUGACGUCCCUCAAAUGCAAGGCCUGUGGUUCCGGAUCCUUGAAGAUGCCGCCAGUGGAAGUCAGUUUUUUUCCAAAUCGUCACAGAUACGACUAAUUUAUAUCAAAAAAAUUUCUGACGGGAAAAUUGUGGCGAUUCUCAAAUAAAAAAAAAAUUAAAAAUCCUUUUCAGAAUUCAGAAUCUGAGUCUACAUUUUGAACCUGACUUUUAAAUCUGAAUCUGAAAUAAGAAUUUAAAUUUGAGUUCUGAAUCUGAAUUCCGAAUCUGAAUUAUGAAUCUAAAUUGCAAAUCUGAAUUUUCAUUAAAGAUUUGAUUAUCACCUCGUUCUCCCGUUGCGGUUUGGAAAAAGUAACGCAUCUCUAGUCAAACAAAUUAGUUCGUAGGUUCCCGAAGAUCUUUUCCAUUUCUUCCCCUCUGCAGUUUGGGCCAGUUGUAAAUUUUACUAUAAAAUAAUUAUAGAUUCAUAUAGUUACCGUGAACGCUUAUCUGUGAAAAGUGUAAAAAGUAGCUUAAACAUCAUGUAAAUAUAUUGAUAUUGUAAAUAUUAUCAGACCAACAAAAUACAAUAAAGAUAUGUUUUUUGCAAGAGUUUUAAAAAUGUACAGCAACUUACAGAAACUCGGAAAAAAAUCAAAGAAAGAACAAAAACAAAUUCGAUCCAUCACCGCUACAAAUUAAGUAUAAUUCGUAGAACAAUCUUAACCUACUUUUUUAAACUAAUCCUGAUUGUAAAAUAUGAAUUUGAAUUUUAAAUCAUUUUCUGAUUCAAAAUCAUUUCCAAAAAUAUGUUUACAUAACUCCGAAUAUCGAUUCAAAAUUCAACGUUCAAAUCAAAUUCGUUUAAAAUUCUUUUUAUUUCGAAUGUUAAUAGUAAAAUAACCUUGAAGCAGCUUGGUUUUGCUGAAGUUCAACAAACAUCGCUUUGGUCAUAUUGACCUGUGCGGUAUUGGAUCGGAUUUUUUUCUACGUUAUGGAAUGUUUGUUGAGACUACUUCAAGGCGCUUAAUCGCACCAACGCCGAUCGAAACAUCUUGUGAAGUUGAAAGUUGGCCUUACGUUUGAAGAUUAGGGGGAAAUUAUUGUUUCCGUUCAAGUGUCUCAAAGCGAACAUAUUUUUAUUCGGAUUCACUAAAACACUUAAAUUGAAAAAAUAAUAUAAAAUCAGUUGGUUAUUUUCCGAAACUUAGAAUAAUGUGUACUCUUAAAAUGCCUUUCAAUUGUUAUCGUCACAUUUGAACAGCUCAAUCAAACUGUAUACCAAAUGAUUCACUUAGGAGAAUCCUCAAACGAAAAAAAAAGUGAAUUAAAACAUACUUGUAACAUGCGGUCAGGCUUCGUUUAAAAAACGAACUACAUUCACCAUAAACUAGACAGAAAAAAAGUAAAUAAAAAUAAAUAAAAUUAAAAAAACGUAGGUUUUGUGCUGUUUUGUCUACUCGGAUUGUAGUAGUCACCAUUCUACUUUUGUAUUAUACAACCAUUCGUUAGACUGAUAUUUCAGAUAAUACAAAAACUUUUUUGAAUCAAUAAAAAAAUGGAUCAAACCAAUCUACAUUUUGUAGUCCAGCAACUAUCUACAUAAAUAUGAACUAAUCACCACACCUGUGAACACUAGCAUUAGAUCAAAGUUUAUUGACUUGUUUGGAAGUAAAGUUGGAUAUGUA